CACUGUAGUUUUGGGGUAGUUUGUGGGCGCAGUGUGUGGGCGGUGGGAGCUGCUAGUUGGUUGGACUAAAAUUGCAAAUUUCACAUCCAAGAGCAAAAUAAUAAUGUCUGGUUUGGAGUACGGAUCGCACAGGUACGACGACCUGCCGCUGGAGAUUGUUUUGAAGAUUUUCAGCUACCUGGGCUACUCGGAUCUGCAGGCGGCCGGAUCCACCUGCCAGAGAUGGCAUGCUGCACUGGACCAGACGGAGUUCAACAUGCGCACGCGUGUCUGUUUCUCCAAGGUGGUGCUUUCGGAUCAACUGAGCCCUGGGGUGGACCUUAUGCGCUGCGAGCGCCGCUUCAGGCACUUCCUGUUCGAGGACGUGACGCUGGGCCAGGUGAAGGAGCUGAUGCGGUUCAUGGGCAGGACUGCCCACUCCCUGGCCCUGGACAAUGUGGACCUGAACGACAAGCAGUUCUACGGGAUGCUGGGCGUGCUGCCCCACCUGCACUCGCUGUCGCUGAAGCGCUGCCUGCCGCUUUUCAUGUCCGGCUCGUUCCUCGACUCCUACAACAACUCCUGUCCCGACCUGAACGACCUGGCCAGCAACCUGGCCGGGAUCAGGGAGUUGACGCUGUGCGAGAAUCAGUACCUCACCGACGCCAUACUGAUGCGGCUCACCUCGUUCAUGCCCAGCCUGGAGGCGAUCAACAUGUCCGGCUGCCACAUAGCCUUUCACAACGCCAUCCAUCGGAGAUUUUACCCGGCCAACAGCUCCUCGGAUCACGUCCUGCCCAGCGAAUCUGUGCUGACCUUCAAGUUCAUCCUGACCAUUCUGAACCUGCAGAAGCGCACUCUGCGGGUUCUGGACUUUAGCCACACACUGAUUGGCCAGGCCUUGCUGGCCCUCUGUGACCUUCAUCUCCAGCUGCAGCGCCUCUAUUUGGCCGGAUGCAGGCAGCUUAACUGCGCCACAAUCCGCACUUUUUUGGCCACUCAGCCGCAGUUAAGUGCGCUGGAUUUGUCGGCCACGAUGUGUGUGAAUGAUGAGAACCUGGCCGCCCUGGUGCAAACUAAUCCGCAACUGGAGCACUUAAAAGUCAGCGGCUGCCUGAGCAUCACGAGCGUUGGCGCCAUCCACCUGGCCAAGCUGAAGCGUCUCAAAAGCCUGGACAUCUCCAACUGCGACAGCUUGACCAGCAGUGGCAUCAUCGAGGGCGUGGCCAGCGAGGAGAACCACGUGAUGGAGGAGCUGAACGUGUCAUAUCUGCAGAUCUGCGAGGAGUGCAUCAAGGCCAUUGCCAGUAAUCUGCGCUGCCUGCGAUCGCUGCACCUGAAUCACUGCGUCAAUGGUGCCACCGACGAAGCUAUUCAGUCGGUCAUCGGCCAGCUGCGUUGGUUGCGCGAGCUCUCUUUGGAGCACUGCAGUGCGCUAACAGAUGCAGCUCUCACGGGCAUCAACAUAUCUAAGCUGGAGCUGAGUCGAAAGCAGUCGGGCUCGCAGGUCUCCUCGAUGGACAAUUUCUACCCAACGUAUAGCACCACGCUGGCAGAACGCGACAGUCUGGCAGGAUCGCUGCAGUCGAUUAAGAUUUCGCUGAGAAGCAAGGCCGAGGAUGAAAUUGUGCGGGAUGCCAGGCGGAAGCAAGCCAUGCUGGCCGCCUACGAAAUGAACCUGAUACGCGAGGAUGACUUCGAGGGCCACAACAUCCAGCAGUUGCGCGGAUUGCGGUCGUUGAACCUGCGCGGCUGCAACAAAAUCAGCGAUGUAUCCUUGAAGUACGGUCUGAAGCACGUUGAGUUACGGCGACUAAUGCUGUCCAAUUGCCAGCAGAUUUCGCUGUUGGGCAUGGAGGCAAUGGCCAGCAGUUGUCCCUCAAUUGAGGAGCUCGACCUCUCCGAUUGCUACAACAUCACGGACAAGACCAUCCAGGUUGUCACAGCCAAGUUGCACCGCCUGCGCGCCUUGCACAUCAGCGGCUGCAGCCAGCUGACGGAGCACACGCUGGACGCCAUCAUCAACAACUGCAAUUGUCUGCAGACGCUGUCCAUCUACCGCUGCCGCAGCAUGUACACAGACCUGGAGGAGCGGCUGUCCGGCGUAAAGACGUUGCGCAACCUCAACAUGGACAAUCUGACGAGCAUCGACAACGCCGAGUUUUUCCGCCUGAAGAAGCGACUCGAUUACUGAUAUUUUGCCGCCAUCUUCAUUGUCCUGAUUUUGUACUACUUUCAGCUGUACAACUUCCGCUAGUCAAUCGCCCCAGUCGCCGAAGCAGCGCACAUGUAUUUAUUUUUAUCAGACUGCCCUCAGCAGCUGGGCAAUAGUUGUGAAAGCUUUAGAUAAAUAUACAUAUAUAUACGGCAGAUAUAGAUGUAUUUACACUUACCGCACACAUUUAGAUUAGGAAAAUUACAAGUGUCUAUGGUAAUUCAAUUAUAAAUUCAUACGUAAUGUUUGUCCUCAUUCAACUGUGAUUUUUUGUAAGGUACGGCUCACGGCUCGUGUGAUAAGUGUACAUGAUUGUAAAUUAUGUGAUCAGUUGGCUAAAUUUAAUUGUUUUUGUUAUUGUUGAGCGUUGGAAUUGAGUUGAUUCGUUUAUAGUAGAGAAUACGUUAAUUCGGUUUAAGUAAAAAGCCCAGAAAUAAAUGAAUUAUUGUUGAUAUAGUUAACUACUUUACAAAUAACUGACACGCUGUAUAAGCUUUAAUCGAUUAAAUCGUUAAAAACAACACAAUUUCAAUAUAUAAUUUUAUAAAUCUAGUUAAGAACACAAAUGCGUAAUAGUGUUUAGAAAAGUAAGUUGAAAAUAACUAAACAAAUUUAAUAAGUGUCUAGUAAAUAGUAAAAUUUAUAUUUGACAUAUAUGCGUCAUGGCAUAUGGUCUAAAAAUGAAUUAUUAUAUAAGCAAUUGACUGUUUUUACACCUUUGGCUCUCUUUUUGUAAAUAAUUAUACUAACCGGCAUUGUUUUUGAGGCUUAAUGUUUAAUAAAUAAAAUUUGAUGUUAAA